AUGAACAGUCACUUCUGCCGGGCGCUGAUGGACCGGGGACCCGCGGUGCCCCCCGGCAGCAUGCAGCUGGGGUCCGCGCCCCCUCCUCGGCCGGCGCCCCUGCCCGCGGAGCCCCCCGGCGCCAUGCCCUUCCUGCUAUUCCCGGGCCCCGCCGUCGCCUACGCCGGCCUGUUCCCCUGCGCUCCGGGGCCUGGCGCCCUCGGGGGCUACGACUGUGCGUUCGAGCCCGCCUUCGUCCACAAGCGCAACGAGCGCGAGCGGCACCGCGUGCGCUGCGUCAACGAGGGCUAUGCGCGCCUCCGUGGGCACCUGCCGGGCGCGCUGGCCGAACGGCGCCUGAGCAAAGUGGAGACGCUGCGCGCCGCCAUCCGCUACAUCCGGCACUUGCAGGAUCUGCUGCGCGCCGCGCCCGACGGGCCCGGACCCGAGCGCCCAGGCGACGCCCCACCGCCCGAGGGCCCCCGCUUCUCUUCCUCGCCGGGCUUGGAGUCCGAGGAAUCCAGCCAGUGA